GCUCAGAAAUAUCUCGAUCCUUUGUUGUACUAGUAUUAUAUUAUUAUCAUGACGACACUCCAAUCAUUCACAACAAAAUCACUUCUUCCUGGAAUCUCUGCAGAUCCCCUGCUUUUUUUUUCUCUUCUUCUUCUUCGUCCCUUCUCUCUCGAGCUGUUAUUAUCAUUCUUAAAGCACCAGAAAUUCUCCGAAUCUGGUCAUAAUGAUUGGUGUUUGAUCAGUCAUUAUUUACGCGCCUCCACUUCUACUGCCAUCAUCCCUUUUCUUUCCUUUUCUUCUCUUUCCCACUCGCACUCCUCGAUUUAUUCCCCUUCCUCCUCUCCUCCUCUCUUCCCCCUCGCCUAAUCCAUACCUUCUAAACCUCAAAUACUACCCAGAUGGCGCUCUUGGAUGAGAUUCAGGUGGGCGACGUCGUCAAUGUCCCCGGGGGAAUGUAUGGCACCGUUAAAUUUUUGGGGACCGUGGCCGGAAAACCGGGCAAGUUUGCAGGGAUCGAGUUGGCUGCAGAACACGCCCGCAGGGGAAAGAAUAGCGGCGAUGUGGACGGGAGACGCUAUUUCUCGACCUCGACGACCGGGUCAGGGAUCUUUGUGCCGAUGAACAACAACAAAUACGUGACGAAGCGUUCCUCCGGGUCCGGUGGCCCCCCUCCGACCCCGUCACGACCGACCAACUUCAGCAAAUCGGUUGGUCCGAACCCCUCCAUGCCCCGACCGCCGCGGAUGAGGCGCCCCUCCCUCCCUCGACCAGAAUCCCCCCGACUCCCUGCGCCGUCGUCCAAGCUAGGGUUGAGUGGUCUGAGAACCCCGUCAGCCGCAUCCAAAGCACCCCCCAGUUCGAACGGCUACUCGCGAAGCCCUGUCAAGGCCCCGUCGCGCGCUUCUGAUCGCCCCCCCUCGCGUUUCAGCAUAGAGGAUGACCUCCCAUCCGUGAGAACUUCGGAUUUCGGCCGGAGCUCCUCCAUCGGCGUAGAGGUCGCGGAGUUGAAGGAGCAGGUCAAAGGCCUCGAGAAGCAGCUUCUCGACCGUGACCGGCAGCUAGAGGAACAGGCGAACACGCUAGGGGAAUUUCAACGGACACUAGAGGAACUUGAGGGGUCGGAUGCGUUGUCAGUUCGGGCGCAGCUGCGGGAGAAGAAUGAUCGUAUUGCUCAGUUGACCACGGAAUUCGAUUUGCAUCGUGCGGAUUUCAGAUGCACUCUCGACACACUGGAGGUGGCCGCCUCGGAGACGGAGCGGGUUUACGAACAACGCAUCGAUGAGCUUAUGCAACAGAACAAGGAACUCCAGGACCGCGGGGAGGAUGUCGAAGCUGUCGCAAGGCAGCUGAAACAGCUUGAAGAAUUGGUGUCAGAGCUAGAGGAAGGGUUAGAGGACGCACGCCGCGGAGAAGCUGAAGCGAGAGCAGAGGUCGAGUUCCUCCGAGGAGAGGUGGAGCGAACAAAGCUGGAGCUGAAGAAAGAGCGGGAGAGCUCUGGCAUGCCGAGGGAGACUCCCAUAAGCCCGGAUGGGCAAUCCCACAUGAGAGAACUGGAGCAGAAAGAUGAUGAGAUCCGGGGAUUGAAGGCGAUCAUCCAUUCUCUGAGCAGGGGUGACCCCGACCUGCAUACCCUGCAGCAGAACGGAUUCGGAGCGGGGGUCCGGUCAGAUCACAAUGUAGACCAUGUGGCUGACUUGGAGCAACAGGUCCAGGAGUUUGAACGGAUUAGUGAGCACAAGACCUAUCGCAUUGAAGAACUUGAACGUGAGCUGCAGCAGCUACAACUGUCUGGCGACGGCCAUACUCGCAGUUCUAGUCUUACCGCAUCUGGGCCUCAGCAUAUAGCGUCGGGUUCAACCGGCAACAUUGCAAACGGGCAUGCCGUAAAUCACGCCCAUCGACUGUCUGACCGGACUGUCGUUCCGAGCGAUUGGCAGGACGAGCCUCGGCAAGAGGGUAUUUACUCAGCGUACGCGCAGCACCGCCAGGGCCCUUCCGAGGCUUCGCGUCAGCGCCUGGAGACGAUGCACGAGUCGGAUACCCGCUCAGAAGACGGUGGUUCCUUGUGGUGCGAGAUAUGCGAGACCGGUGGCCAUGAUAUCUUGAGCUGCACAAACAUGUUUGGCGCAGAGGCCAAGAACAAAGACAGCACUGCCAAGGAUCCAUCCAAUCUCAGUCCCUCUGUAGAUGAAGAAUCUGCUCCCCAACCUAUAGCCACUGAAGUUGCAGAACCGACAGCUUCAAGUCCAAGCCAAGACACCACACCACAAAAGACUGGCCGUGACGUCGUCCUCGAGGGCCUUCGCGGAGUUGGACUCACCUCCUCCAUGGCUCCUGUUGCAGGCAAAGUUAGCGGCAUAGUUGAUGAGACAAUGUGGUGUGCCCUCUGCGAGCGUGAUGGUCAUGAAAGCAUUGACUGUCCAUUUGAUGAUUAAAAUUUGUGGCUGUUAUCUGGUUUGACGUCGGUGUACGAGACAUAACUAAUGGCUUAGUCCUUAAUGCCCAUGAAUAGUCCGCCUUUGCCGACUUUGACGCUUUUUGCCUGUAUGACAUGACAUGGCUCCUUCCAAAUGACUUUGCGGGCUUGUUAUUCUCUUCCUUUUUUUUUUUUUUUUUUUUUUGGGGG